CAUAAAUGGAGAAGACUCAAAAUUCAUGUCCAGAGGAAGGUGUAGAAAAAUACGUAUUUAAAGCACAAAAAGAAUUUGAGAGGAGAAUUUGAGCUUCAGUGCACUUGGAAGAAAGAAAUGCGAGAAACUUUACCUCAGACUCUAGUUCUCUAGUUUUCUAUUUUUGGAUCCUCGAAGACUUGCUCUUUAUCAAUAGGAUAAAUCCUAUUACAAUCCCUAGGCUUAACAAGAUUAUUGUUCAUGACUUUUCUAAAAGAAAUCACAAGUUUGAAUCUUUCUUAGCUAAUUGUUUUCCAAUCAAAGUUUCUGGGUUGUUUCUUCAAUCCAGACAUGACACAGUGCCUAUAACUCCUUAUUUUAAUCAUAUUAUGAAAGCAAGUGGGAAAAUUACAGUGGAAUUAGGAUUUGAUAAUUUUAAUAUCAGUGAGAAACAGUUUAAGAGGAUUAUCUCCACUUUCAAGCAUGUUUGGAACAUUAAAUUGACUGGCUGUAAACUGUCUGUUACAAAAGUUAUUGACUUUUCUGCUGCACUAAACAAUCUUAAAUUAAGAAGCUUAAGCUUUGAAAGAUCAGGUCAAGUAAACAGAAGUAAUUGGAAGAAAAAUAUUCAUGAAUUCGAUAACUUGAUCAAAGGAUUGGCAACUUCAGAAGAUCUCAAACAAAGCUUGCGUUGGAUAUACCUAAAAUCAUGCAGACUCAACAAAGAAAUUACAAAAAACUUGAUCACCUCAAGCGGGUUCAGCAAUGCUAAAAUCUAUAUCUAACCGCUAAAAUUUCACCUCAAUACCUCC